AUACGGAGGGCGGUGCUUCUGAUAAACAGUUGUAUGGAGUGGUGCAGCUGGUUGAAUUACACAGCGUUUUGCAGUUCGGGAUCGGAAGAAGGAGCGGAUAUUCGAGAUGUUGAAGGUUCUCUGUCUGUCUGUCCUGGCUCUGGCCUCCGCACUUCAAUGCCCUGAUGGAGGGAUGUGCGCUGAUGACAGUACCUGCUGCAAGACCCUGAGUGGAGGACACGGCUGCUGCCCUCUCCCGAGUGCUGUGUGCUGUUCAGACCACUUGCACUGCUGUUUUGAAGGCAUGAUCUGUGACCUUGUCCAUUCAGAAUGCCUCAAUAGAACCGCUGUUCUACCCUGGCUGGAAAAAGUUCCUGUGCCCAGGCCAGAGUUCACCCAGGGUAUUCGUUCUUUCCCCAUGGUUCAGACAGGCUCCCUGGAUGGCAUUUCUGAGACUGUGUGCCCAGACAACUCUCCAUGCCCCUCUGAAUACACCUGUCUACUCACCCCCACUGGAGUGUAUGGCUGUUGCCCCCUUCCUCGGGGGCUGUCGUGUGCUGAUGGGAAACGCUGUUGUCCAGAAGGUUAUGAAUGUAGCGGUGAUGGAAGCUCCUGCACUCGACAUGCAGAGGUCUCUGUUGUUGGUGCUGUGAUUUGUCCGGAUGAGGAAUCGGAAUGUCCUGAUGAGACGACCUGCUGUGAGCUGCCAGGUGGGUCCUGGGGCUGCUGUCCAAUGGUGAAGGCUGUGUGUUGUGAUGAUAAAUUGCACUGCUGUCCUGAGGGCACCAGAUGUGACAUUGCCCACUCCAAGUGUGUGGCGCACGAACGAGAGACCCCCAUGUGGGGCAAACUGCCUGCGAGGAAGAGGGCGAACUGGGAGAACAAUAAAGUGACGAAGGUAGAAUCUGUUGCUUGUCCAGAUGGAAAGAGCCAGUGCCCAGAUGGCACCACCUGCUGUCGCAUGCCAAGUGGCCAGUAUGGCUGCUGCCCAAUACCUAAUGCUGUAUGCUGUACAGACCAUGAACACUGCUGUCCUGCCGCCAGCACAUGUGACCUGAAACGCGACACGUGUACAUCUGCAAACGGAAAAACCCCGAUGCUUAAAAAGUUUCCGGCAAUCGUGAGAGAUGCCAGUGGUGUGCAGUGUGAUGACACAAGUGCGUGUGCUGAUGGCUCUACUUGCUGCAUGACGCAUGCCGGAGGCUGGGCUUGUUGUCCUUUACCGAAGGCUGAGUGCUGCAAUGACUCUAUGCACUGCUGCCCCAAUGGCUACACCUGUAACGUACCAGCAGCUUCUUGUCAGAAGGGGGAGCUAUCUUUUUCCUGGGUCUCGAAGAUUCCAGUAAUGGAGAAGAAGGCUAGCAGAACAGGAGAGGGAGACGUCAAGUGUGAUGACAUCGCAUCCUGUACAGACGGCACUACCUGCUGCAGGAACGAGGACUUGGGCUGGGGGUGCUGCCCCUACCCCAAGGCUGUUUGCUGUGGUGACCACGAGCAUUGCUGUCCAGAGGGCACCGUCUGUGACCUUGCCGCUGGCACCUGUAACCAGGGUGGAUUCUCUGUGCCCUGGCUGGAGAAGAUUCCUGUCCGCACAAGCGAGCCCAACGAAGAGAAGUGCGACGAUCAGGCCAGCUGCCCUGGUGGGAGCACCUGCUGUAAACUGAGCACUGGAGACUGGGCCUGCUGUCCACUGCCACGGGCUGUGUGCUGUACAGACCACGAGCACUGCUGCCCCGAGGGAACCAUGUGUGAUACCGAACACAAGAAGUGUGUGUCUGCAGAGGGUGAAACAACGAUGAGCAAGAAGUUUCCAGCUAUGAAGAAAAACUCCAACACUAAAGCGGGCGAUGUGGAGUGCGACAACACAACCGCGUGUCCUGAUGGGACUACCUGCUGCAAGACCGCCAAUGGAAGCUGGGCCUGCUGUCCUUUACUUAAGGCCGUUUGCUGUGGUGACCAUGAGCAUUGCUGUCCAGAGGGCACCGUCUGUGACCUUGCUGCUGGCACCUGUGACCAGGGUGGAUUCUCUGUGCCCUGGCUGGAGAAGAUUCCUGUCCGCACAAACAAGCCCAACGAAGAGAAGUGCGACGAUCAGACCAGCUGCCCUGAUGGGAGCACCUGCUGUAAACUGAGCACUGGAGACUGGGCCUGCUGUCCACUGCCACGGGCUGUAUGCUGCGAUGAUCACGAACACUGUUGUCCUAAAGGCUACGAGUGUGAUGUUGAGCAGCAGACCUGCGUCAAGCAAGGCCUGAGCAUCCCCUGGGUGACAAAGAGACCCCCCAUGAAGCUGCUGUCUGCAGACGAGAACGUGUGCGACGAGCACACCUGCCCUAAGGAAAUGACAUGCUGCGAGAUGGGAACAGGGAGGUGGGGCUGCUGCCCUCUACCACACGCGGUGUGUUGCCAGGACGGUUCUCACUGCUGCCCCUCUGGCUACACCUGUGACGUCUCACAAAGAUACUGUCAGAAAGGGGGCCACACGGUGCCUUGGUUCAGUAAGGUAGCUGCUUCUCAGAACCCCCGGUCUCUCUUGGAUGUGAAGUGUGACCCACAGAUGAGCUGCGCUGCUGGAUCAACUUGCUGCAAACUGCCCACUGGCAAGUGGGGCUGCUGCCCGCUGAUCAAGGCGGUGUGCUGUGAAGACCAAGAGCACUGCUGUCCCCAGGGUUACCAGUGCAACAUGAAGACCAGCACCUGUGAAAGACAAAGCCUGGUCCUCCCCUGGGUCUUUCAGAAAGAUCCUCUCUACAGCCUCUCUGCUGCCUCUCCUGACUCCAGGGGUAAUGACAAGUGUGACGAUCAGCACUACUGCUCAGGCCAGCAAACCUGCUGCAAGACUGCUGCUGGGACCUGGGGCUGCUGCCCCUACAGCCAGGGUGUCUGCUGUGAUGAUCUCCAGCACUGCUGUCCUGAUCGCUACACCUGUGAUGGGUCUGGUGGAAAGUGUGUUCAGGGCAAUGGCCCGAGCUGGGAUGUGUUGUUCUCUCACAAAAGGAGGCUGUUUAACACCUUGUAAUAUAGCUGUGAGCCACACGCUCCACAUCCCUCCGAAUUAGCAGCUGAUAGAAAGAAACACUAAAUUACAAUUGGAUUUCUAGUGUGAAAAUUCACGAGUGGGGUAUGUUCUUUACUGCUGUGAGUGCAUUGGGAAGAUUGGAACCGGUCUUUUCAUGGUUAGUUUUUUGUUUUUUAACAAAGCUUUGGUGAUAGUGUAUUUGUAAAGUCAACUCUGUUCCAAUUACAUUGCAGUUGUUCUACUUUUUAAUUGGAUCAAUUAAUUCUAUUUGUCUAUCACAGUACAGCUGUACCAUUUGAAGUACAGCCCUAUUCACAAAACUUUAACUCCAUUAGUUAUUUAAAGAAUGCUCUAUUUUAAUUAUGCUUUGUGAAUACUAGGAUUUUAGUGAACUUGACUUUCAAUGGUACAGCUGUUUCAGAUAUACAGAUACUUUGAAUUGCUCUCGCUAUAAUGGCAUUGUUUUGUGUUUGAUUUCAGGGGAAUUCCUGUGUUCUGUUCAGUGCCUAAGCGUUUACUCAUAAAAAAAUGCAAUUUAUUAGAUUAAACAAAAAUGAUAAAGGAGCUGACCAACCUGAUUGAAUUGAAAUAAAGAAUUUUAUCAAGCUUGAAAUGUUUUUAAUAUUAAAUAUAUACAUGCUGCAGUACAGUACUUCAGUUAGGCCAGUAUUUACCUUGCUAAUUCUACAAAAAGAAAGAAAAAAAAUGAAAUUUUCUGCUGAUGGGUUAAAGUAAGACGCAAUUAACUAUUCUGUCAAGACUUUUCAGAAUUACUUGCAUGCUGUGAUCUGCAUUCCACCAGGGUAAGACACAGAUGGAUAUUUACAGGAGCAUUUUGCUGUUUCUGGUUGUCCAUGGAUUACCCCUAAUAAAUAAAUAAAUAAGUGAAUUUCCUGGUACAGCAAAAUACUAUCCCAAAACAAAAAUCUGUGACACUGUGUGGUGUAGAUGAACAUUUCAACAGGUACUCUUCUGAAAUUCAGCACCACGUUGGCAGGGUAUUACAGGUCACUAUACUAAUACUGGCAAAAGAAAAGCUGAUGAUGAAGAAUAUAGACUUCUUAAAAGGGUCAUGUGUUUGAAUAGAAAGUUAAUCCUAUAUCCUCUUAUACAUGUUAGCAAUUAUAUAGGUUGCUCAACUCAAUCCAUGUGUAAAAUUUUCGAUGACCUACUCUUGAUCUGAGUUAUGUUUAUAACUAGUCAGAUGUAUUAAAUUCAUUUCAAGCAGCAGUUCAUUUAUAUUGAAUCCUAGGAGUUAUCAGUAAGUGCUGCUUCUUGUAAGUUAUCACCAUAUAAGAAAGGAAUGUUUUGCGAAUUGAGGUUUUACUUUAAGUGAACUGGAUGCAGAUUUUCAAAAGGAAGUGAGAUAUUUUAUAGUGUGUUUGGUUUUAUAUUAAUACACAGUGGUACUAAUACCCCAGUAAAGCAUAGUAAAACAUGUUCAUGUUUUCAGGCUGGGCAGGUGAGCUCAUUGUAAAGCAAUGCCUUUCCAAAAAGAGAAAAGGAUUGCAUUCAAUUACUGUGGGUUGUUCUCUAUUAUCACGAUAUACCAGUGCAAUUUGAAAUAGAAAUAAAACACAUUUAUACAAUG